GCAGAAUCCCAGGAUCCCAGAAUGACGAGAACAUACUUACCGGGGAUUGAAGCAUGCAGUCACGUAUGGUCAGGUGAGCUGUGCGCUAACUGAGUUGGUGCAAUCAACAAACACAGGCAGGCGCAGUGACCCUGUCGCGCUGACUCUAGGGGUUACUGCUAAAGCUCACAAGUGUCGUGGCAUCUUUUGGGGGUGAGUAGUAGUUUCUUUUCCUUUAUUGCGACGCAUGGUGAUGCGUCCCGUCCAACGAGAGUCCAGAUGUCCCUCCAGGAGAUACAGGAGUUACGCCAGCGCCUCGAGGAAGAGCAGAGACUUUGAGAGCAAGCGGAAGAACGACUGGCUCUCCAAACACAGUCCACAACUCUUCUGGAAUUUCUGGACGCCUGCUAUGUGCACUUGUUUCUUGGUCUGGCCAUCCAAAGGGAUAGUAAUUCCUCGAGGAAAGGCGACCCCGCAAGCGCCGACCAUGAACUUCGCUCGGCGAAAAUUCGAGAAUGGGUCGACUUUCCCCGUGAACAGGGUGCCAUCUGGAUGGCGCUGAUGGAUACUGACUUUAUGACCGAACGCCAUUUCACACCACUCGUCACGUUGAGGGAAUACGGGAAGGAGGUCCGGGAGAGGAUGAUAAGCUCGGAGUUGGAUCUGGGUUACUUCGAACGACAGACGGUCGAAUCGCCAGUCGCUUCAGUCAUCAAGCAGCUACACGCGAAUCCCCGAUUUCGACGGGUAUUUCGUCUGAAUGGCAACGUCAUUUUCGAAAACCACGCAAACACUCUGGCGGACGAGAGGGACAUCGUGCCAGAUAUGAGCGCCCUGAGCUUGACCCAGAAGCAACCACGCCGUUCCAAUCGCUUAGCCGCGAAUUCGCGCAGUGUCGGUCUCGCGACCCAUCAACCAGGGAGAAGUCAGGCGGCCACGCAAUCAAGGAACUCCCGGCCUCGAGCAGAUCAAUUCUGUGUCUACAACAAGGGGUCCGGGAUAAAGCAGCCGGCGUUUAUUAUUGAGUACAAGGCACCCCAUAAAGUUUCUCUCGCGCAUGUUAAGGCGGGACUACAAGACAUGGAUCUCAACGAGGUCCUUCGCUACAAGGACGUGGAAUCUCCGGAGGAGAUUUGCCGUCGUGUGAUAGCAGCGGUGAUUACCCAGACCUUUUCGUACAUGGUUCAAGGGGGUCUGGAGUAUGGCUAUGUGUGUACGGGCGAGGCCUUGAUCUUUCUCCGUGUGCUUCGUAAUGAUCCUUCCACCGUGUACUACUACCUUUCGGUGCCAGGAGAGGACGUCGGUGCAUCCACGGGAUGGACCGGUGAUCUAGAUGGGGGAAAUCGGCUGCAUUUAACCGCACUGGGCCAGGUAUUGGCCUUCACUCUGCGUGCUCUGCCGGUACCGACGCGAGACAUUGGCUGGACCAAUUGGGCAAGGCGCAAGCUGGAGACCUGGGUCAUGGUAUAUGAUGAGAUACUGGACAAAACCCCGGAGGAAAACAUCCCUUCUUUCGUGUUCAAACCCCCUACGCAGAGUCGGAGCGAAUACUGCCGUGCGUCUCCGGUUAAAACAAGGUCAAAGACUGGCCAUGCUCUAUCCUGUCACGGUUUUCAAAACCCAACACUUUCUGAUCGUGACGAUGAUGAUGCUGGAGGUGAUUUUGACCCCACCACGCCGAGCCGGCCCCCUCGAGAGCGACCCCGUACUCACCCACCAUCGACUUUAUCUUCCCCAUCGCCAGUGCAAUCAUCGCAAGAUUCGGGCUCCCAAGGCAAGUCGCGGCAGUAUUGCACCCAGCGUUGCCUCCAAGGUUUGAUCAAAGGAUGGAAAUUAGAUGAGAAAUGUCCCAAUGUAUCAGAUCACGGGGUGGACCGGCAUCAACUAAACCGGACGACUCUCCUGCGUCGGCUGGGCCGGCAGCUCUCCCGCGAUGAUCUUCAAUCUGAUACACAGCUGGGAUGCGAGUCGCUGCACGUCCACGGAACCCGCGGGGCGCUUUUUAAGAUCACACUGUGGUCGCACGGGUAUACGUUCGUAGGAAAGGGUGUGCCGAUGGAGUUUGUGCGAGACGUAAAGCACGAAGAGCUCAUCUAUUCUCAUCUCGCGCCUAUCCAAGGGGUAUGCGUGCCGGCGCUACUUGGCAGCCUACAGCUCCGCCGUCCAUUCUCAUACGACGGUAUCGCUGAUAUUGUUCGUCUGAUGCUCAUGGGGUACGCCGGAGGAAAGCCUGCAUGGCGGCAUAACACUGAUCGCGAUCGACUCAUACAACGCGCUGGAGAUUCCUUACAAGCGAUUCACGAUCUAGGUAUUCUACAUGGGGAUCCGAUCCCUGGGAAUCUGAUCUGGAGCGAAGAAAACGACGGGGUGAUGUUCAUUGAUUUUGAGCGAGCAACACUGCCAACCCGGCGGGUACCACUGGAAGGCAUUUCACCCAAUAAAGACCGCAUACGUGAAGCUCAUCUCUGCAAGAGUCCAAGCAAGCGUGUUGAGCGGUUCGAGCGCGAGAAGCAGCGCAUGAGACAUGAAUUAUGAAUUAUGAUAUUCCGGCCCUCUCUGUUACUCAACUUUAUGUUUCCUCAUAAUACUACUCAUAUAAUCGUCUCUUUUCUCCCUAUAGACCAGGGUCCAAA